AUGCUUCUAUCGAAUGAUGCAACAAUGGAUUAUUAUUAUUCAUUUUGUGAAAAUGAUGUAUUAGAUGAUAAUAGUCCAUGGCAUUGUAUAAUAUGCCAAAAAUGUUUCGAUUGGAGAGAAUGGCAUUGUGAACAAUGUAAUAAAUGUAUGUAUUUCAUUAAAAAAAAGAAGUCAGUAAUCUUUGAUCAAAUAUACUAACAAUAUGAAUUUCUUCAGGUACCUAUGGUCUCUCCUUGCCAUGUGAACGAUGUGAAGGAAAAAGUCAAAUGUCUGGUUUCGGCUAGAAUAGUAUACCAGAUAUUUUAGUUGUUUAGGUUGAAUUUUUUUGUUGAACAGUAUUUUCUUGCUUUUAUAUUAAAUUAAAAAUUCAACGAACAAACUGUGAAUCAUUGUUGUUAGAUAAACAGUUUUUUCUUAUUCUGGAAAGAAUGAAAUUCACUAUAAUUUAAUGAAGAUAGUGCGAUUUAUGUGCAGUGCAUUAAAUGAAAUUUAUUGAAAAUUCUGUGCUUAUGUUUGUAAUCAGAUUCUUGACUUUGUUAAUUAAUGACUAUAUAUUCUUGUUACUAUUUGAAGUGACAAAAUAUUUUAUUCAUUUGUCAAUUUUAUAGUUUACUUCGUCAAUAUUUUUUUUAUUAGAUAUGAGAAUUAUUUUAGAUGAUUCACCAAUGGAAAUGAGUUUUGAUAUUGAACUGUUUUCUUUAGAAUCAUUAUCAAUAUUACAAUGUAUUCAUAAGAAUUGUCCUUUGUUUUCGACAAUUGAUUCAAUUCGAAAAAGUGGAAUGUAUUUCCUUGUUCGAUUUUCUCUUCAAAGAUUUUUUUUCAAGUCACUUUCACUAUAAUAUUUGCAAAACAAUCAAAACAAAUGUGACGCAGGGAAAUAACUGAACGAAUUUCCAUAUGAUUGGUUCAUCCAUCAUUGAUGUGAAAUGGACAGGAAUCAGAUUGGCAUUCGAUUCAUUUCGAAUUUUAGAUUUAGCAAAAAAGAAAACUUAAAAGCAUUUUCCAGAUCGCUCAAACGAAGUUGACAAGAAUUUUGAUUUCGACGAAAACAUGUUCGCUACAUAUGAACUUUCGAUUGUGUCACAAUUGAAAUUUGAAGAACUGUUAAUCUAUAUUAAAAAUCUAAUGACGUCUAGAUCAGCUGCAGCCGAAGUAGAUAACGUCAUUUGCUGACAAUAAUGAGACUUUCCAAAAUUAAAUUGACGUCUUCAUUUGAUCGAAACUUCUGGAAAAAAGGAUCAGUUCGGAAGAAAAUUUACUAUUUCCAAAAGAAAAUUACAUGAAUUGGAAAGAACAAAUUUAAGUCUUCGUAUUUUUUUAUCUACAUUAUAGAGGAUGCGAGUGUGUGACAGAAAACAAAAAAAUAUUCAUACCCAUACCUCACCAUAAACAUAAUCGCUACCUACUAUGUCAUUUAGCGUUCUAUUAAUUGUCAUGAAAUCAUGUUAGACAAUGAUUAUUGUAAACUUGUAAUAUAUGACAAUCGUGAUCUGGAACAUAUUUUUUGAUGAAGCAGCACUGCUAAUAUCAUCGUGAAGAACUCUGCAGGAAAGUUAAAGCUAAAACUAUUGUCUGUGUUGGUUUUCGUCGAAUAAGUGCUGGUAUUGUAGAUUUUAUUGUUCGUAGUGAAAUGCUUCUAAGUAUAUCAUCAAGCAGGCCCGAGUAUUAUUUGUUAAAAGAUCACAUGAAUCCAGUAUUAGUUGUUGAUUAAACUGGAAUAGCAUUCAUGAGUAGUACAAGUCAUUGAUAUGCGAACUAUAGCAUGGCUUAUCUUAGAUAAGACGAUGAAAAACAUGGCAUUUUUUCCAGAAAAAGUGAAGAUCAACUCUUGGAAUUGGCCAUUGUUAUUGAGGUAAGAUGCUUUACUGAAAUUGGAAGAUAGGGCUUGAAUACAGAAUUCAGUGACGCACGAUGUAGUUGUAUCUAAACGAGUUCAUCUUAUGUAUUACGAAUCUAAUUUAUAAUAGCGUCUAUUAACACAUAGAUCCUUAUUCGCAUACUCACGCUCAACUAACAUUAAUUCAAUUAACAACUAAGUUGUGUGUGUGGAUUUGAGGGAGAAGCAGACCCAUACCAUUACUCUGUUCCUAUUAGAAAGUGGAGAAGAAAACUAAGAGUCUUAUGCGGCUAAUUAUAAGUGAUAGUUUUUGUAAGUUAUUUGUGAAAAUCAGAGCACUGCAGAACCUAGGUGCUUGUCAGUUUAGCUUUCUGCUACCAUGAAAUUUGAGUAAAAAGUACGCUAAAAUUUUUUUAAGCUGUUAAUAUGUUAUUGUAAUCCUUUCCGAAAUGUUUCAUAGCAUGUUCAAUAUUUUAUCCCCCCGAGCAUAACAGUCAGUACACGUUUUGUAGAGAAUUACGCAAGAAAUCUUUCGAUGAAAACAAUGCAACACAAUUUAGUAUAAAAACCAAGAGAAACGUCGAAAAUAUUGUUAGUAUUCUACUUAUUUAUGGCUCAUCCAUCAGAACUCUUCACAGUAUCGAAUUCUUGUUCGUUUAUUUAAAAACAAUAGAUCAAUUUCCAGCAAAAGCUAUUUAAUGAAGCCAAGAUACGUCAGAUAUGUGAAGUAUGAUGAUCUCGCUUUAUUUUUAUAUGACAGUCCUCUAAUUAUUGAUUAGUUAUUCCAAAGCUUAAAGAGAGCACAGCAGCGAUGAGAAUGAUGGUUUUUCUAUCGUCAAAAUCUCAUAUAUAUUCAAUGUGCAAUAGUCCAUCUUGAAUCUGAUAUUCCGAAGUUGGAAAAAUCGAACCAAGAUAUUGGCAUGCUCAUCACGAUCUGUUGCAAUUGGUAAGUGGUAAAGUAUAUUCAAAACUGUACAGCACAUGGUAACACUUUCAUAUAGGAACCAAAUUUUUCAAAAUUUUAUUUAAAAGAGAUGCAUAAAGCUUGUAAACACACUUGCUGUAAUUAAUCAGCACUUAUUCUCACGGACAGUUCAUAGUUUUAUGCCUAGCAAGUGUCAGCGUGUAGUUAAUGCUGCGACAGUCGCAAGCCGUCGACGAUAGAGAGUUUUUAUCCAGUUGAGCGAUUCGGAAAAAAGAAUAAGAUAAAUCCACGGAAGUACAAACUCUACGGAACUAAUAAGUUCAUUUAAAUAAUUAUUUUGUACAUCGACAAGGAAAUUCGGAUAGCCAAGUAUUUGAACAAGACUGACGAUCAUUGGUGGGAAAAAAGCAACUAUAUAAAUACUGGAAACAUAGAACAAUCGUGUUGCCAUGCGCCGUUGUCGUUGCCAAUUCAUCGUUUGUCGCAUACGACGUUUCUGUAAAAUGAAACGCAUGAAAAGUAAUAUAUUAGCAAGCGCAUUUAAGACAGUCGGUACAGCUCCAUUGAAUAUGCAAUCGAAUGUUGCGAGAAACUUAUCAAAAAUUAAAUAACAAUUUGCAUAGCCACAUCCAUUUUUCGUAUAGUCCCAUAAAAUAUUAUCACAUGGAUACAUAAUAAUAGCAAAAGUAUAGAAUAUUACUGGAUAGAUCAAGCAAAUCAGUAAUGGCAGAUAAUGAAGUAGUAUUUGCCUUGAAUAUUUUUGCAACAAUUGUGAAUUGAAGAUGAACAUAUGACGUUGAACAGAAAUUGUAGCUAUCAAAAAAACGUUCAUUACAUUUAGUGUAUAGUCGAUAAAAGUUUGAAAAAUGCAAAAGAUCGGUACAGCUAGCUUGACAUGACCAAAAUCAUAAAAAUUAAGUGAAAACGAUAUGGUCAGCAUCAAUUGAAAAGUAUUGACUACGAGUAAAAUAAAUAGAGCUUUAUUUUGAGGUUUUUGCCAAAUAGUACGAUUAGUAAAGAAAAAUACAAAAAUAAAUAGAGAGAGUGUUAUGGACGAAAUUUGUAAUACGAUAUAUAACGAAAAUUUGAUCCUAUACUUGAGAAAAUUGUCGUCCGUACUUGAUACUGCAUCUGUCCCAUUCAUUGCUAUACACGUCUUUGUAAAACAGUUCCAAUGAAAUAAUGAGCUGUAUUAGAGAUACUGUCGUUACUUUUCCAAAAAUAUGCUUCAGCUGGUACUGUCAAAACUCAUUUUUAUCAGAAUUACAUAAAGUCUGGUGCAGUUUCUGCCUGAAUUUUUCCUGUCACCUAAAUUAUGAAUAAAAGAAAACUAGAAUUUCUAAAAACACUAGAGUAACGUAGAACAUGACAAACACAUCGAAAAUCUAUCUCAAGCAUUAUUGAUGGUCAACACUUUGAUGUAUCUGUCAUCGUGAAUGACGUUAUAGAAUUUCUUUUCUGUUUAUCUUUUUCAGCGUAUGACAGUCGAGAUUUUUUUGCUUAGAACGUUCGAGCUUGAUGCAAGAGAGAAUCGAUUAUGUUCAGUUCUCUCGCUGCGAACUUGAACAUUCAUUUUCAAUCAAGUUUCAUAAAAUGAUGACUUUAGCAUCGAAAUCGUUACCGAUCUAAUGGAAAAAUGAGAAGUUAUCAUUUUGGGCUGUAGUGAACACUGUUUGUGUUCUACCUUUUACCUUCUUGCACUAUAUCCCUCGACAAUAUAUCGUUAUGUUUCUGAUAUGAUUAUUUAACUUGUAACAAAGAAAAGAAAGAAAGACAAUGAAAUAUAUCAAUUGUGGGUUUGUUCACUAUGCAUAACUUUCUUCAUUUGCUGGUGACACGAAUGUUACUAUUGGCGCAAAUCGACGACUAAUAUUGAGAUUUUGAAGAGUAGAAAAGAAAAAUCGAUUGUCAAUUAGAAAAUAUGGGUGGGUGAGUCAGGGUAUAUGGGU